AUGGAAGAAGGACUAGAGAUACUUGAUCAAGAAAAGAUUGAUGGUUGGGAGGGCCAAGCUGAAAACAUUUUCUUACUGUCGUCCCAAAAGUGCUCAUCCUACGACUUGAAUGAAGAAGCAACCAGCGCGGAGGAUAAUGGCACCGCUGAAGCUAGUAAUACUGAUGGCGACAAGAGAACAGAAGGGAAUUCUGCUAAUAAUGCUACAUCUGCAGAGAGAAAUGGACUCAGGCCUACAGUUAGGCAAUAUGUUAGAUCAAAAGUGCCUCGGCUACGAUGGACUCCUGAUCUCCAUCUCUCUUUUGUGCAUGCUGUUGAAAGGCUUGGUGGACAAGAGAAAGCAACUCCCAAGUUAGUUUUUCAGUUAAUGAAUGUGAGGGAGCUUAGCAUUGCCCAUGUAAAGAGCCAUCUACAGAGGUACCGAAGUAAGAAGCUUGAUGAGGCCGGACAAGUGCUAUGCCAAACAUACAGAUCAAAGCCAGGAAAAGAUUACGUUCAGAGCAAGUUCCACCAAAUUUCAUCAGCCUGUCCUCAACAAUGCUUCAGAAUGGGGAGUGGUGGAGUUAUUUUAGCCAGAAAUUCUGCAGAGCAUACUUUUGGUCACAGUCUUCUGCACUCUUCCCUCUUCCAAAGACCACCAAGUAACAAAACCAGGCUCUCAAGGUACCAACAAUGGGAAAUUGGUGCGCAUGAAGUAACAAGGCAAAAUAAUUUGGCAAGAAAGGAUCUUGGACAAGGAAUUGAAACAGCAAUCGACAUAAGGCCAAUAAGGCCAGUCAGAUUGCUUGAAGAACGGCGGUGGCAUCCACUCGAAAUGGCUAAAAAUCGCUGCGAAAUUAUCAGAAAUAAUCCAACCAGUGUCACCUGCACUAAUAGUUGCUCCCUCUCCCCACCUCAGGCACAUCUAAAUAGUUCAUCUCCACGGUUGUUCGAGACAAGAAACAGCUACCGGAAGCCAUCUGCAGUCAACUCUGGAAAUGACGUAAAGAUAAAGCAAUCCUUAGUCAAUUCGUCUCUUUCUACUGGCGAUUUUAAUUGUUUUAAAUCCGAGUUUGAGCCCCCAUUUCGGCUUGAGCUGAAUAAUGAUAAAUUGUUGAAUGACAAGGAAUGGCCGCCUGAUCUGCAACUGAGACUGAGCCAAAGAGUUGGAAUCAAUGACCAUGAGACUCAGUGUAGAAGCACACAGAAAAUAAUUAGCACCAAGCUUUCACUUUCUUAA